UCCAGAAAAGAGAAAGAUAUAUGAUCAGGGUGGUGAACAAGCAAUAAAAGAGGGACAUGCUGGUGGACAUGGUGGAUUUUCAUCUCCUAUGGAUAUUUUUGAUAUGUUUUUUGGUAGUGGCCAUAGUAGAAGACGUGAAUGUAGAGGUAAAGAUGUGAUUCAUCAAUUAGCUGUUACUCUACAAGAGUUAUACAAUGGAGCAGUUCGAAAACUUGCUGUUCAGAAAAACGUAAUUUGUGACAAAUGUGAAGGUCGUGGUGGUAAAAAAGGAUCUGUGGAAACAUGCCCAAAUUGUAGAGGAACUGGCAUGCAGGUUCGUAUUCAACAGUUAGGUCCUGGUAUGGUCCAGCAAAUUCAAACUGUGUGUCCUGAAUGUCAAGGCAAACGAGAACGCAUAAAUCCUAAAGACAGGUGUAAAAAUUGCCAAGGUAGAAAAGUUGUGAGAGAAAGAAAGCUAUUAGAAGUUCAUAUUGAUAAAGGAAUGGAAGAUGGACAGAGAAUUACAUUUAGUGGUGAAGGUGAUCAAGAACCUGGACUUGAACCUGGUGAUAUAAUCAUUGUUCUUGAUGAGAAAGAACAUGAAGUAUUCCGCCGAAGUGGACAUGAUUUGAUUAUGAGAAUGGAAUUAACUUUGACUGAAGCUCUUUGUGGAUUCCAAAAAUGUAUUAAAACUCUAGAUGAUAGAGAUCUUGUGGUAACUGUCAUCCCAGGUGAAAUAAUUAAACAUGGAGCAGUGAAAUGUGUGCUUAAUGAAGGUAUGCCCCAAUAUAAGAAUCCAUUUGAAAAAGGUCGUCUGAUUAUCCAAUUUUUGGUUCAUUUUCCUACGCAAAUUGAUCCAAGUGCUGUAGCCAGAUUAGAAGAGCUACUUCCACCUAGAUUAGAAGUAAUCAUUCCAGAUAAUGCAGAGGAGGUUAGUUUAAUAGAAUUGGAUCCCGAGCAGGAAGCUAGAAGACAACGUACGCAUAAACAAGUGUAUGAAGAAGACGACGACUAUGGUCAUCAACGUGGCGGAGUUCAGUGCCAGACUCAUUAAUUCUUUUUCUUUUCAAAUAUAGCUGUAAGCCUUCGUGAUACCUAUGGCACUUAAAUUUUAUGCACUUUAAAAUGAACAAAUUAUAUAAGAACAUUGUUUAUUUAUAAUAGAUUUGUGAAAAGUUGGAAACGGAAAUCGUUGCAUUGAAUAACUGAAACGAAGUUACCUCUGACAAAAUUUCCAUCUUGUUGCUUUAAAUAAAUUAUUGUAUAUGCUAAAAUAUUUGGUUUGUGUUUAUAAGAUUAUUUUAUUAGAUAAUGCUUCCUACAGUAUUUAUAUUAGUUUUAUAUACAUAUAUAAAAAUGUAAUUUUUGAGGUGAGCACCAAAAAUCUUAGGGUUAUUGUAAUGUAACUAGUUGUAAAUCCACAUUGUUUAUUAUAUAUAUAUAAGUAAUUAUAUACAAUAUAAAUAUGUUUGAUUAAAGCUGAAGUGAAUACUUUUAAAACAAGUAUUCAUUUGACUUGUGUUCUAUAAAUCUCCAGUUUGAAAUGUAAACAAACAGUAAUGUCAGUUAUAUCAAAAUUUUGCAGUUUUUCGAAAUUCAUAUUAGAAAAUAAAGUAACAUUAUGUGAUUUAUAACUGUAUUUCAUGUGUAUUUAUUGCAAGUUUGAUUUAAAAAAA